ACCAUCGCCGCCAUAACAGACUUCUACACCUUCUACAUCACACUCCCCUACCUUGACCUCGGCGUUCUGGUUUUGCCGCCCAAAGACGGCUGGCCCACCAUCAACACCACCGAACUAAAAGCUCGUGGCAAGACAGACGAAGUAAUCGAGCUCUUGCGCCAUCUACCUUAUCUCUCACACCCCUCCCCUCANGCCAUAAAAACUCUUCCCAGUCAUGUGGUUCCCAUAGCAGAAGCAACGGAUAGAGAAGGAACGUAUCUGCUCCUUGACACAUUAACUGGAAACAUCACUAGCUAUAACAUUCUUGCCAAUGAUCUUCAGGGCAAUUGGGAUCAAUAUGAACGGCUAGAGGAUAGAGAUAAAUGGAGGGCUUUCCCUACAGCACCGCUGAAGCAGUUUUUUGAGAGGUGGAGGAGGUUGUAUGAGAAGUUGAUUUGGAUGGUUGCACCACCUGUCGACGAUUCCCACGGCGAUACAGGCACAUAUUUCACUAGGGCGGAUAAUGUUGUNGGGGAGAAUAACUUGCUGGAGACCGACGAGUCUGACGACGUUGAAAUUGAGGACGAAGUUGUGUACCAGAUCUACAGGCGGAACGGAUGGCCAGGAAACUCUUUCAAUACGGAGGCCUGUACAACUGAACUGAAAGAGUACCUGAAAUAUGCCGACUAUUGA